AAAAGAGUGACUUUUGCUCACGCACUCUCGCACGUCAUCAAAUCUUGAAAUGGCGUCCGCUGUGACGAUGGAGGGACUGCCCCCUACGUCACAUUGUAAAGCUGUGGCCUAUAUAUUAAUGGCGUUCGGCUGUGACUGGAUGAAACUGCCAAGAUCAAUUAAAACCCUUUCCACGAAACACAGAAGCAAAAAUGGAAGGCAGAUUGCAAACUCAACAGGAGCAAGACGAUACCACCAUUGAAACUCCCAGCCUUCCUCUUCUCACUCCCUACAAAUUGGGCAACUUCAAUCUUUCUCAUAGAGUUGUAUUGGCACCAUUGACUAGGCAGAGAUCUUACAACAAUGUUCCGCAGCCACAUGCCAUUUUAUACUAUUCCCAGAGAACCUCCAAAGGGGGACUCCUGAUUGCUGAAGCUACAGGAGUGUCUGACACUGCUCAAGGGUAUCUGGAUACCCCUGGUAUAUGGACAAAAGAGCAAGUUGAGGCUUGGAAACCCAUUGUGGAUGCUGUUCACGCAAAGGGUGGGAUCUUCUUUUGUCAGAUUUGGCAUGUGGGAAGGGUUUCAAAUUCAGGUUUUCAGCCAAAUGGGCAAGCUCCAAUCUCUUCUACAGAUAAGCCAUUGAAACCACAACUUCGAGCCAAUGGAAUAGAUAUUGCACAGUUUACACCACCAAGGCAGUUAAGGACAGAUGAAAUCUCUCUAGUUGUAAAUGAUUUCAGACUUGCAGCAAGGAAUGCUAUGGAAGCAGGUUUUGACGGAGUUGAGAUCCAUGGGGCUCAUGGCUACCUAAUUGACCAGUUUAUGAAAGAUCAAGUGAAUGAUCGAACAGACCAAUACGGUGGAUCUCUAGAGAACCGCUGCAGAUUUGCCUUAGAAGUAGUUGAAGCAAUUGCUAAUGAAAUAGGAGCAGAUAAGGUUGGAAUAAGGCUAUCUCCCUUUGCAAAUUACAUGGAAUCAGGAGACUCUAAUCCAAAAGAACUAGGCCUUUACAUGGCUGAGUCCUUGAAUAAAUAUGGAAUUCUCUACUGCCACAUGGUUGAGCCAAGAAUGAAAACUGUGGCUGAGAAACAUGAAUGUCCUGACAGUCUUGUUCCCAUGAGGAAGGCUUUUAAUGGUUCUUUCAUUGUCGCCGGCGGUUAUGACAGGGAAGAUGGAAACAAAGCUGUUGCUGAGAAUCGCGCUGAUCUGGUUGCUUAUGGUCGGUGGUUUUUGUCCAAUCCAGAUUUGCCGAGGAGAUUUGAACUUGAUGCUCCUCUCAAUAAGUACAACAGAGAUACCUUCUACUUAUCUGAUCCUGUUGUUGGUUACACUGAUUACCCCUUUCUUGAAGCCUCCACUUAAGUUCUCUAAAAAGGGACCAUUCUGAAAUUCUUUUAACCUGUCUAAAAAAGCAGAAUUUGUGAUUUUAUUGUAUAUUUUUCCUGAUUGCUUUCUGUUUAGCUUAUGCCUGUAACAAUAGUUCUUAACGAACCGGAAUUUCGUCCAGGUAAGAUCGGUAA